AUGCAAAAAAAUCAUCAAUCUAAACCAAAACUUCGAACAUGGGCAUCUGUAAUCAGUGGAUCAUUAGCAGCUACUGGUGCUGUCUUUAUUACAAAUAUGCCUGAAACAAUUAAAACUCGAAUGCAACUUGAUGGUGAAGCAUCGAUACGAAAUGGUUCAAGUAAAAAAAAACAAUAUGUUAAUAUAUUCGAUGCUUAUAAAAAAAUUAUACGACAAGAAGGUUUUAAAGCACUUCAUGCAGGUCUUGGUCCAGCUAUUGGAAUACAAGUUAUUAUGAAUGGAUUACGUUUAGGACUUUUUGAACCUAUACAAAUUAUCAUAAGAGAUGUAACUAAAUGUAAACAAGAUAGUAUUUUAAAUAAAGUUGUUUCUGGUGCGACAUCCGGUGUAAUAGGUGUAACAGUUAGUUCACCACUUUAUCUUGCUAAAAAUCGUCUUCAAGCUCAAUCGAAUUAUUUUCAUGCUGCUGAAGAACAUCAUUAUAAAAAUACAUUGGAUUGUUUAAAAAAAAUUUUUCGUCAUAAAGCUACACAAUUAACAACAUAUGAUAAAUUAAAAGAAUUUUCUAUAAAAAAAUUAAAUUUACAAGAUGGUUUUCCAGCUCAUCUUUUUGCAAGUUUUAUAUCAUCAUUAUUUACAGUUACUAUGAUGAAUCCAUUUGAUAUUGUUUUAAAAAAAACUGUACAUGCUGAAGGAUGGAAAGCAUUACAAAAUGGAUGGUUAGCUCUUUAUUUAAGAUUAGGUCCACAUACAAUAUUAACAUUUAUUUUUCUUGAAAAAAUACGUGCAUGGUUUUUAACAUUCGAUACGUUAAGUAUAAAACCUCAACCUAUUCCAAUAGAUGUUAUGGUUAAUAGUGAUGCAAGUUAA